AGUGCCACACAGCCCGCAGUCCCGCACUGGCCGCACUCUCACUCCGACUCUACCACUGGUUCUUCCGUUUCGCCUUUUUUCGAUGCGUUUUCGCUGAGCCGUAUGAAUUCGUUUCUCGAAUGUUCGGCAUCUUUAAAUCGCAAGUGUCGCUAAACAUCCGCUGAAUGAUGAUCAAACAUCGAUAUUAACGCAGAACCAUUGUCCGCCGUACAGCCGAUACAAAAUAAUCGCGAGCACUGUGCGCUAGCAUAUUAUUUCAUUGUGUAGGCGCACUAUCAUCGUAUUGAUUAAACACCGUUGAAGCAUAUUAUUACUAUCUAGGUGAUUAGCCAGUGCUCCUUACAAUAAAUUACUGACUGCUGUCCGUGGACCACCGAGAACAGUGCGACCUCAAACGCCAAAAUGAUUGAUCUGACCAUAAAGACAUUGGAUUCACAGAAUCACAAAUUUCGUGUUCCAGACACUUUUACCAUACUGGAACUCAAAGAGCAUAUUGCAGCACAAGUGAAUGUCGCAGUUGUCCAACAAAGAUUGAUAUUUUGUGGUCGUGUCUUGAGCAAUGAAACCAAACUUGCUGAUAUUGGUAUURAUGGAAAAGUUAUGCAUCUUGUGCAGAAAGUUCCGCGUAUGUCAACAACUACUUCUGGAUCAUCAUCAUCUACAACAACCAAUACUACUAGUCGUUCAGGACAAAAUGCAGGACCUGGAUUUAGAGGAUGGCAUACACACGAUCCUACUGUUUUAUUUGGUGCCAUUGGUAUUCCUUCCGAGUUGAUGCAUGCUGGAGAACUACCGCGCCUUAUAAGUACUAGAAAUCAUGGAACUGGUAAUAGAGUGACAUUUGCUUUGGAGAUGAUACGCAGAGGCAAUGCUAUAUUAAAUAGACUAGAAAAUUCAAGACCCUCUCAACAACAAUCCUCUGCAUCUAAUACAGAACAGUCUCCAGAAGGCUCACAACAGGCAGAAGCUACAUCUCCAAGUGUAUCGCCAGAAGGAGUAGAASCACCGGAAUCAUCCCUGCCAGAAUCAUCUGUACCACAAUCACAGACAGAUCCAGAUUCAGUAAAUGUGAGCUAUGAAGUGGACGAAACAUUCCCAAAUACUGUUGUUGUUACUAUUGAUGCUACACAUCACAUGAGAAUGCCUCCAGGAUUAAUGCGCCAAGUUCAUAAUCACAUGCAAGCAAACAAUCUAUUUCCAAUUCAUCAAAAUGCUACUGAAGCAUCUACUGAAAGUGAAGGUUUAAAUGUUCCUGAAAAUGCUCCAGUUAGAGGUUCAACUAACCAAUCUUCAGCUGAACAGGGUACUGGAACACUACCAUCUUCUGCAUCAUCUGAACAACAUUUAAGAAGGAAUGAUCGUCAAACUUCAGAAAAUAGAUCUACGGUUGCUGUAAAUGACAGGCGACGUUUAAGAGAGCUGAUUGAAGAAUUGAAUAAGUUAAAUGAAAGACUUCGACCAUAUUAUGCUAUCUAUUGUCAGUUUAUUAUUGAUGAUCCUCGAUUUGAUACCACAGAAGGUGAACAUGGAUCACUUAGAGCGCAAACUGUUUUUAAUGGCGUGUCUGAAGUGAUGCAUUUAAUAUCACAUGUUUAUCAUGCAAUUAGUGAUAUAAGAGUUGCAUUUAACAGACCACCACCACGUUCUUUCCAAUCUCGUCCUUGUUUACUACAAGGUACUAUUUUACAUGCUGCUCAUUCAGUUACAACAACUACUACAGCAGCACCUCCAUCUACUCAACAACCUACUUCUACACAAACAACCACCACAAGUCAAUCUAUACCAAGUGUACGAGCUUUUAGACUUGAUUAUGGAGGAGGAAAUGAAACUCCAAAUGUGCCCACUUCAGCUACUGAAACAAAUACAAACACAAACAUACCAGUUGAUCCAAACACUGAAAGUAAUAAUACGCCUUUAGAGUUCCCGCCUCCUCAGGGAGUAGAACUUUUGUUUGAUCUAGCUCCAGGGUCCAUUCGCAUAGAUUCUGUUGAAGCUGCAUUUAUUAACCCAACUGUCUCGGCAGCAACAGGGUUACCUACAGCUGUUUCUCAACCACAACAAUCAUCAGCCACUACUGCUGAUCCAGCAAUGCCUAUUGACUGGAUGGAUCAAAUGAUUGAUGUAAUUUCUAGUGGAGUGAGACGUCCUUUCAUGUCUGAACAAUCUUUUGAUUGGAAUAAUAGUAUACCUACUACUUCUACUCGAACUCCUCGUGUAACACCUAGGACAACUGAUUCAUCAUCUACAACAACUCCACCAACACAAGGCUUAGCUCGCGGACGUUGGGAUUCUACCCCUCGUAUGGACCCAUUUUUACCAUGCAGUUCACACCAUUUUGAACCAAAUUUAAGACCGGUGGUAUUAGCUAGGCGUGCUGCUCAAGGCACUGACAGAUCCACAUCUUCUGCCACAAGUGGAAACUCAACUACAGAUACUUCUUCUCCAACUUCUCCUAAUGAAGUAAGAUCUUUUACUAGUCGACGUCCAGGUCGAUCAAGAACUCGUUAUUUACAAGAGCCUGAUGGAAUUCUGUCUGGUAUACAUCCGAUUCUGACUUGGGGAAGACAACGUAACAACACAGCUACAACAUCUGCAAGCAAUAUUGCCCAGGCUACUGGACAGGGUACAAGUUUAACUGAUGCUUUGGCUGGACAAAUAAGAGUUGGAAUGGAAAGUGUUUUUGACACAUUGGAAAGAGAAGUAGAUUUUGAUAGAACCAGAAACUUAAAUUUACCACCUACAAGCAGUUCAGUACCAGGUUUUGAGCAUUCAAUGAGUACAUCCACCUCUCAAUCAACUUCACGUCUACCAAAUGGAGUGCUUACAACUCCUAUUGGUGAAAUACCGUACUUCAGAAGUUUAGAGGGUCAAUCUAUGUUGGUAGACUUAUUCUUGAUAAUUGCUCGUAACUGGACUUUACGUGACAUGUUCAGUGUGAAUUUGAUGUCACAAACUUCAACACUUAGAACUAAUCCAGUUGCUUCACAUUCUGAAGAAUUAAUAAACUUCAUAUUGGACAGAAUUAUGCUUAAUCGACCAGUUAACAAUCAAAAUAUCGAGGAUGCUGCCAAUCGCAUAUUUUUAGAAAUCGUGCCAUACAUAAAUAUUUUUCAAUGUACUGUGCCAACACGUACAAAUAUUAAUGUGAAUGCAUCUUUCCGGCGGUGUAUUCUUCAAAAUCUACGUACAAUUGUUAACUUCUGUGAUGAAAAUCGAAUGGGAGCUGUUGAUAGUAUUGUGCAUUUAUUGUCUAUAUUUGCUGAAGGAUUUUUAUCAUUGAUAGUUUAUUGCUGUAACAGCCGCCCUAUAUUUCGGUUAUGUGUUUCUGCAGUAAUGCAAUACUUGCCACUUCCUACAAAUUUACACCUAUUAAUAAUGGAUGAAUUACGUACAAAUAUUGACCAAUAUUGGGAAAGAAUGACCACUUUUCAAAUGAUGAGUUUAUCUGUAGUUGAUGACUAUAUUGUACCAUUCGACGAAUCUUCUCAACAUUUAAGAGCGAGUAAUAACGGAGAACAAUCUUCCAAUCCUUCUAUGCCUUCUCCCGAAAACGAACCAUUACCCGAAGUUGUUAUUGGAUCUCAAGAUUGGCAUCACAAUGUUCCUUCAGAAUGGGUUCCAGUUAUAGCUAGAGAUUCACAACGCCAAAGACGUCAAGGAACACAGCCACCUUAUAGUGAUGCAUAUUUAUCCGGUAUGCCCAACAAACGCAGGAAGAUAGUGACAAGUUCUAAGCCACAAGGGUCUUUAUCUCAAAUAAUAGCAAAAAAUUUGGAAGUUGCCAUGGGUGCAGCCGGCGUAGCCAUUAAUACAGAAGUGAUAACAAGUGCUGGAGCUGAUACUGCUGUACAGAAUGCAUAUACCGAACGUAUUAGGACAUUUGGAAGAUCUGGACUAGAUACACAUCCUGAUUUUUGUCCUACUCGUUAUCCAAAUGCUUCAAAAUUCUUUUACGAUCAUAAUCAUACAAAUUAAACAAUUUUAUGCAAACAAAAAACUAACUCCAAAAAACUAUUGGUUUUAAUUUAUUAUUUAUUUUUUCUUUAAAACCCUAUAAUAGACUGACAUGUUAAAAACAAGAAAAAUCUGAUGCUAUGUUUUUAUUAUUAUUGGAAUUUACUCAUUCUCAGGUUACGCGUGAAUGAAAUUUGUACUUUUUAUUAUAAUUGAAUAAAUACCCSUUUUAGGCUGACCAUGCCAUGUCAUUUUUUUGGUUAGAUAGUGUAUUGUAAGGUGUUGGCAAUUAAUUUAACAUCAUUUAAUGGCUAUUUAUAAUGCUUUUUACAACACUAUAUAUACAUAAUUUAAUGUUAUAUACCUAUUAUAUAUAAAGUUAAAUAUUACUAUUAUUUGGAUUGUUUGGAUUGUC